AUGGAGUGUGGUCACUGCGGCGAGGGCCUGUCCGUCCCGCGGGGCGCACGCGUUGUGCAUUGCGCGCACUGCCGCGGGGUGACGCGCGUCGGGCGGCGGCACGGCGCCAUGGGCUUCGUGGUGAACAUGAUCACCAACAUGGCGGGCGGCGGCCGCACGAGGCCAGCAACGCCGCCGAGGCUGCGGGAGGCGGGCUACCCCAGAGUCCGCGGCGACAAGCGCGCCCUCCUGGUCGGCAUCAGCUACACGGGCACACAUCUCCCUGAGCUGAGCGGCCCGAUCACCGACGUCAAGAGCAUGAGCUUUCUGCUCACCCAGAAGUACGGGUUCCCAAGCCAGUGCGUCCUCGUCCUCACCGACGAGGAGCGCGACCCGUACCGGACGCCGACCAAGUCCAACAUCCUGCUGGCGAUGCGGUGGCUCGUGCACGGCUGCGGCUCCGGCGACUCCCUCGUGUUCCAUUUCUCCGGCCACGGCGACCAGGUGCGCGACGAGGACGGCGACGAGCGGGACGGGAAGGACGAGGUGCUCUGCCCGGUCGACUCGGACCCGGACGACGACGGCAGCGACAUCCGGGACGACGAGAUCAACGCGGCCCUGGUCCGGCCGCUCGUGCACGGCGUCCGGCUCCACGCGAUCGUCGACGCCUGCCACAGCGGCACCGUCCUCGAUCUCCCCAACCUCUGCAAAAUCAAAAAGAACGGAGAAUCGGAAUGGACGGACCAGAGCGCUCCGAACGGCGCCUGGAAGAAGACGAGCGGCGGGCAGGCGGUCCUGAUCAGCGGCUGCGCCGACACCCAGACGUCGACCGACGGGGUCGGCGACGAGCUGGUGGGCAUGGGGGCCCUGACGUACAGCUUCUUCACGGCGGCGCUGUUCGCGCAGCGGACGCCCACCUACGCGCAGCUGCUGGCGACGAUAAGGGCGAUCAUCCGCGAGCGCAACGCCGACGGCCGGGUCAGCUGCAAGCUCCCCGCGCCCGUCUGCUCGCUCGUCCGCAAGGUGGUCAACUUCAGCGGCGUGCAGGAGCCGCAGCUGACCUCGUCGGACAAAUUCGACAUCAGCCGGACGCAAUUUCUGCUAUGAACGGUCUUCCUGGUGAUGCUGGAUUGUGCUGGAUCAAUCAAGUCGCUGUGAAGUUCAAAAAAAAAAAGUCGCUGUGGCAGAAUAAGAAAUUUGUCUUUUUUUAGCUUUAAAAAAAUGUUUUUCUCCAUGAAGAAAAUCGAUGUACUAGAAGGGAUCUGAAUUAUUUUGACAACAAAAA